AAUGGCGGCGGCCGCGUUUGAGCGGCGCGUGCUGCGGCGGGCGGCCGAGCAUCACUAUCUGCGCGUGCGCCUGGAGCUGCCCGACGGCGGGGCCCGGCCGAACGCCGCGCAGUUCAAGCAGCUCGUGGUGACCGCGCUGAGGGAGCUGCACGGAGAGGUUGGAGCAGCUUUGCCUGUUGAUGUCUUAACAUAUGAGGAAAAAACUCUGUCUGCCAUAUUAAGAGUCAUUAGCAGUGGCCUUGUCAAGCUGUGGAGUGCUCUAACCUUGCUGGGCUUCUACCAGAACAGGAGAUGUGCCUUCCACGUGCUGCAGACAUCUCCGUUUCUACUUGCGUUAUCUGGCAACAGUAGAGAAUUAGUCUUGGACUGAAGGCAGUUGUUGGUUCAGCUGCAUGCAGGAGAAGUUCUGGAAAUGCUGUGGUC